AUGAUUCCAUUCUCAUUUGAUCCUCGUAACAGUCUGUUAACAAGAAGGACUGGUCCUAUUAUUUUUUUAAAUAUUCAUUUUUAUUUGGCAAUUUGGCUUGGUUGUGGCACUAAGGGAUCUUUAGUUGCAGCAUGUGAACUCUUAGUUGUGGCAUGUGAGAUCUACUUCCAUGACCAGGGAUGGAACCUGGGCCCCCUGCAUUGGGAACAUGGAGUCUUAGCCACUGGACCACCAGGGAAGUCCCCUUUAAGUGUGAAGAAUGUUGGACUUAGGGUUGUAACACAACUAGAAAGUCACACAACAAAGUAA